UAUGCUACUUACGCAGCUCGGUGGUUGAUUGGCUCUGAGGUCGCUAUGGGUGACGCCGACGCUUUAGACCGACGAAUCCUGGGAAAUGUACACAAGUUCAUAUGCAGUGGAGUUUAGCCUUUAAACGAUAAAAUGAAGCGCAUAUUCACCAUCGCAGAAAAAAAUUGGCAGGGGUCCUGCCUGCAGUACAAAUGGCAGAAAACUUUGGGGAAUUAUCUUGCCGUUGCUGGGUUCGACAACACCGUAAAAAUCUUUGAUCGGCAUGGGCAAAGGAUGAAUGAAUUGAACCUACCAGGGAAGUGCAUAGGAAUGGAUUGGGAUAAAGAUGGGGACAUCCUGGCAGUAAUAGCAGAAAAGUCCAGUGCCAUCCAUCUGUGGGAUGCAAAUGUCAACAAGACAUCACAGUUAGACAGUGGCAUGAGGGAUCAGAUGUCUUUUAUCCUGUGGUCCAAGACUGGGCCUCUACUAGCUGUGGGAACAGCGAAAGGGAACCUGCUCAUCUAUAACCAGCAGACUUCACGCAAGAUACCAGUCCUCGGUAAGCACACAAAGCGCAUCACCUGUGGCUGCUGGAGCUCUCAGAACCUGUUGGCCCUUGGCAGUGAAGAUCGUAGUGUAACAGUCAGCAACCAUGAAGGAGACACCAUACGACAGACGUCAGUGCGAUCAGAUCCUGCAGAUAUCCAGUUCUCUGUGAUGAAGACCGAUGAGAGAUCUUCACCAGGAGAGAGCACUGUGAGUGUUGCGGUGGGAAAGAAGACUCUCUUCCUGUUUAACCUGAAUGACCCUGAUAACCCCAUUGAGUUGGCCUUCCAGCAGCGCUACGGCUCCAUAGUCUCCUACCGCUGGUAUGGGGAUGGGUAUAUAAUGAUAGGAUUUUCUCAGGGUUAUUUUGUGGUCAUUUCCACUCACAUCCGUGAGAUUGGCCAGGAGCUCUUUCAAGCUCACAACCACAAGGACAGUCUGACCAGCAUGGCCAUCUCUCAGUCUCUCAACAAGGCAGCUUCCUGCGGAGACAGCUGCAUAAAGAUCCAUGACCUCACAGAACUCAAGGAGAUGUAUGCCAUCAUCAAUCUGGAUGAAGAAACCAAAGGUCUGGACCAGCUCUCGUGGACAGAUGACGGGCAGCUUCUGGCCAUCUCUACCCAGCGCGGCACCCUGCAUGUGUUCCUCACACGACUGCCAAUCCUAGGCAGCAGCUCAGGCACGCGCUUGGCCUACCUCACUUCACUGCUGGAGGUCACAGUCGCUAACCCAGUGGAAGGGGAAGCACCAGUUGCCGUGGCAGUGGAUGUGGAGCCUAAUUUCAUUGCUGUGGGUCCAUAUCAUGUUGCUGUGGGGAUGAAUAAUCGGGCAUGGUUUUACAUUUUGGGAGAAAAUGGAAUAGAGAAACUGAAGGACACGGAGUAUCUGGGCACGGUGGUGAGCAUGUGUCUGAAUGCUGACUACGCUGCGGCACUGUUUGAGGGGAAAGUGCAGUUACACAUGAUUGAGGAUGAGGAGCAGGAGGACAGGCAGACUAAAUUGUUCUCUGGUGGGGAUGAUAAAUAUCGCAUCAUGAGCCAUGCGCUCACUGCUGACUUCCUGUUCAUGGGCACUGAUACGGGCAUAAUCCAUUGCUUUUACAUAGAGGACUGGCAGAACAUAAAUGAGUAUCGCCACCCAGUGGGUGUGAGGAAGGUUUUCCCUGAUCCCAGUGGAACACGUCUCAUCUUCAUUGAUGACAAGAGCGAUGGAUUCCUUUACUGCCCGGUGAAUGACGCAGUGCUUGAGAUCCCUAACUUUUCUCCAACCAUCACUGGUGCUCUUUGGGAAACUUGGCCAGGGGAUAAGGGGGUCUUCAUUGCCUAUGAUGACGACAAAGUUUACACCUAUGCCUUCCACAAAGACACCAUACAGGGUGCCAGAGUUAUCCUUGUGGGCGGCACCAAACUGCCAUUUUCCCAUAAGCCCUUGCUGCUCCAUAAUGGGGAGUUAACGUGUCAGACACAGAGUGGCCAGACCAACAGCGUGCCCCUGGCUUCACACAGCUUCCUCAACACCAUCUUCUCCGAGGCCUCGAAAGAGCAGCUCACACAGAUGCUCCGGAAGGCACUGAUGCUCAAGAGGUUCCAAGAGGCAUGGGAGAUGUGUAAGCUUCUUAAAUGUACAGAGUCAUGGGCUGAGAUGGGGCGGACAUGUCUGCAUCACAUAGAGGUGGAGCUGGCUGUACAAGUGUAUCGCAUGACGGGAAAUGUUGGCAUGGUCAUGUCCCUGGAAGACAUCAAGGGUAUAGAAGAUCAGAAUCUGCUUGCUGGCCAUCUGGCCAUGUUCUGUAAUGACUACAAUCAGGCCCAGGACCUCUACCUGGCCUCCUCCUGCCCCAGUGCUGCUCUGGAGAUGAGAAGAGACUUACAGCACUGGGACAGUGCGCUGCAGCUGGCAAACAGGCUGUCCCCAGACGAGAUGCCGUUCAUCUCUAAAGAGUACGCCAUCCAGCUGGAGUUCAUUGGAGACUAUGUGAACGCACUGGGGCACUUUGAAAAGGGAAAUUCCCAAGAUAAAGAUAAGGAGCAUGAUGAGGCAUGCCAGGCUGGAGUGGCACGUAUGUCCAUCCGCAUGGGAGAUAUUCGGCGUGGCGCCAACCUCGCCAUCAAGCACCCCAGCCGAGCGCUGAAGAAGGACUGUGGGGCCAUCCUAGAGAGCAUGAAGCAAUACUCGGAAGCUGCCCAGCUGUAUGAGAAAGGCCAGUACUAUGACAAAGCCGCAUCUGUCUAUAUCCGCUGCAAGAACUGGUCAAAGGUGGGUGAGCUCUUACCCCAGGUGUCGUCUCCCAAGAUCCACCUGCAGUAUGCAAAGGCAAAGGAGGCUGAUGGCAAAUUUAAGGAGGCAGCGAUGGCCUAUGAAAGCGCCCGGGACUGGGACAACGUCAUCCGCAUCUUACUGGAGCAUCUCAACAAUCCUGAGGAGGCCGUGCGCAUCGUCAGGGAAACACAGUCCAUCGACGGCGCAAAGAUGGUGGCAAGGUUCUUCCUGAGUCUCAAUGACUACGGCUCUGCCAUUCAGUUCUUGGUGCUGUCCCACUGCAGCGACGAGGCCUUUCAGCUGGCACAGCAGCACGGCCAGAUGGAGGUGUACGCAGACAUCAUCGGCCCAGAUGCCACAGCGGAAGACUACCAGAGCAUUGCUCUGCACUUUGAAGGGGAGAAGCAGCACCUCUUGGCGGGGAUGUUCUUCCAGAAGUGUGGCCAGUUCAGCAGAGCGCUGAAACACUUCUUGAAGUGUCCCAACACUGAGGACAGCCUGGCUAUAGAGAAGGCCAUAGAGACAGUGGGAGAGGCCAAGGAGGAUGCUUUGACCAAUCAGCUCAUAGACUAUCUGAUGGGAGAGAGUGAUGGCAUGCCAAAGGAUGCUAAGUAUCUGUUCCGGCUCUACAUGGCUUUGAAACAGUACAGAGAAGCAGCACGGACUGCCAUCAUCAUUGCCAGAGAGGAGCAGUCAGCAGGAAACUACCGGAAUGCUCAUGAUGUGCUGUUCAGCAUGUACACAGAGCUGCAGGCACAGAAAAUAAAGAUCCCAUCUGAGAUGGCCACCAAUCUCAUGAUCCUACACAGCUAUAUACUGGUGAAGAUUCACGUGAAGAGGGGUGAUCACCUGAAGGGGGCUCGCAUGCUCAUCCGUGUGUCCAGCAACAUCAGCAAGUUCCCCUCACACAUCGUCCCCAUCCUGACGUCAGCUGUGAUCGAGUGCCACCGUGCAGGUUUGAAAAACUCUGCCUUCAGCUUUUCUGCCAUGCUGAUGCGCCCUGAGUACCGCAACAAGAUUGACCUGAAGUACAAGAAGAAGAUAGAGGCCAUGGUCCGGCGUCCAGACACCUCAGAGCUAGAGGAGGACUCCACUCCAUGCCCCUUCUGUGGGUUCCAGCUGCCUGAGUGCGAGCUGCUCUGCCCCGGGUGCAAAAACAACCUGCCCUACUGCAUUGCCACGGGUCGACACAUGGUGAAGGAGGACUGGUCAGUGUGUCCUCACUGUGACUUCCCAGCGCUCCACUCCCAGUUCAUGCAGUUACUGGAGACGGAGUCGGCGUGUCCCAUGUGUUCUGAGAACCUGAGUGUGAACCAGGUGAAGAGAGUCUCCGACUGCUCCGGCUACUUGCAGCUGAAUGAGCUGGAACAGUGAAGACAGACGAGCCACAGAAGAGGGAAGAGCCGGGCGAAGAAGACGUGCUGUCAGGGGGGCUUUUUAGAAGCAUGGAGCAUGACAGUGAAUUGGCAUGGUGUCAGUGAGAUCUGCGCUGCGUCGGGGUUGAGCAGUUAGCUGCCUGAGACCCCAGUGGCUCUGGCUAUGAUCAGGUGAUGGAGCUGACCGAUCCCUUCACAGGCAAGCCUGCCCUUGUAAAAAUGAUAUUUAUCUAAACCACAUUAUUUUAUAUACCCUUCUCAAAUAAAAAAAUAUUACAUUUCUA